AUGCACAGCUUCAACAUCUCAAACGCCGAUCUACAUUUCACGCGCCGAAAGGACCAGGGGAACGUGUCUCGACAGCUCUGGGCUGGCCUGGUUGGUGGGGCGAUCCGCCGACAGCCGCCGACAGCGCUCAGUGUGCCCGACAUGUCCCCGAAGAUGUCGACAUGGCACAAAGACCCGCUGCCGGUGGACCGACUGUGGAGCCUAGGCCGAACUCCGCGGCGCUGUGCGCCGACGCAGCAAAGGGUGUUCUCCCUAUUUGUCGGCGACCUCUCCCGACGGCUCGGCGCCUCUGAGUUUCCCCCAGAGGGCCGCGAGCCCUGCUUCUGGCUCAGGCUCCGCUCCAUCGACGCUCGCAAGGAGUCGAACCCCGACGCUCUCCGGCAGAGACUGGCCAGGCGAGUCCGGUUCGUCCACUUUCGGCCGGGCAUGUCGAUGCGGCAUCAAGUUGAGGAGGCGAGGAGAUGCCACACCAUUGUCGGCCUCCACGGCGCCCAGAUGAUGCAGGUCAUGUGGGCGCAGCCGGGAGCGGCCGUCCACGAGAUACACAAUCUGCAUCAAACGCGCAUGUUUUACUAUCGCAACAUUGCUCAGCUGCGAGGGCUCGAGUACUCGGCGCACCCAAUCUGCCCCGUCGGCUGCAUCGCGCGCGUGCAGAAUGGAAGCACGCUGAUCAGUCCGGCGCGGCUGGAGCGCCUGUACACGCGGGCGGCAUACCGCGCACGAAUGAUAUUUUUGGGUUCAGAGACUCUGUAA